UUCCGGUCUGAACCCCAGUAGCAAAACACGACGUAAACAAACCGGGAAAACGCGUGUGUUGUGGCGGUUUGUUUGAUGGUUAUUAUGAACGAAGGUCGGAUGAGCCGUUAGCCCAGGUUCGGUUGCGUAGUGACGGUAACCAUGGUGAAGUGUGUCGUCUCCGGGUGCCCGAACCGCUCCAACGUUAACCGGGGAAUCUACAACCACAGUCUACCGUCCAAGAGGUUCUUCACCUUCCCCGCAGACACCGCGCGGGUCAAGGUACAUUCAGAUCUGUGAUUUAGGUCAUCUAUGUUAUAGUCUGGUUCCCAGCGUGAAGGGGGAACUGUUGGGGUUGUUUUUUGAGUACGUUGAAUCCAUUUCUGACAUUGUUAGGAUCAAAAAUGCCCAUAAAACUUCCAAACCGACCCAAACUGUGUUAAAAUCUCCUCAAAUCAGCCAAGAUGUUGGUUAAAUUACGUAAAAACUAUAAUUCCGAGAAUAUUAACUGGUAACUUUCCAUUUGGGUUAACUGGAAAAGUACAUAUGAUUACAUUCCAUUAGAUAAGAUGUAUUUCCGGCAGGGGGAAAGAUCAUCUUCACUUCACUGUACAUGAACACAGUAUAUAAACAACAACAGAUGUCAGAAUCAAGCUUAUUCCAGAGCGAGCCGUCCUACAUGUCACUGCCCUGUAGCUGUUACAGGUUAGUGUGAGAGUCCUGCCCAGUGACACAGUGGUGUGCUCUAUAGAGCUCCUGCAGAUGAUGUCAUAUAUGCUGGUCACGUGACGAGAUACGACAGGGGCAGCCAUUUUGGCAGUCAUCGCGGCAGUAAAUUGACAGGCACUGGCAGACUGUCAAGGAUGGUGGAUAACUGCUGUGCACCAGGUUGCACAAAUAGGCGUGGGAAAAAGAAAGGUGUAUCGUAUUAUCGCAUUCCUAAAGACGCGGAGAGGAGGGAGAAGUGGAUUGGAGCGAUUAAAAGAGCCAGGAGCCUUCAGAAAAAGACUGAAAGAUGGGACCCCCCGGCCGUUGGCUUUCGCUUAUGCAGUGAUCACUUCAUAUCAGGGAGAAAGAGUGAUAAUCCGUUGAGUCCGGAUUUUAUCCCCUCAAUUUUCGAUUACCUUCCAUCUCCAGAGAAGAGGAGACAUAAAACGAGACUGGAGGUUUUUAACAGAAGGCAGAAGGCUAAACUGCACAAAGUAGAGCAGGCAAAGAUAUCUGCAGAAGCCAUCCGUCAAAGGACAUCAACUGAUGCAGCCCCAGAAGACCAUAUCACAGAGCCUUUGAAGGAGCCCCCCAUCACAGAUCCGUUGGAAGACUCAGCCGAUGAUCCUGUCCAGCCUGAACCAGUAACACCACCAUGCACCUCUGAAACCUGCUGUACCCGCAUCCAGAGUCUUGAGCAAGAAUGCCAAGCUCUAAGGGCUGAAAAUGUGUUGUUAAGGGAAAAGAUUAAAAAAGCUAAAAAACAUGCUAACGUGACACUUCCGUAGCUAGCCAAGCUAAUAAACAAACAAUGCUAACGUGACACUGCCUAUCAAACUGGAAUAAUUUAAUACUUACCCUUGCAGUGAUGAUGCCGAAGUUUUUGGAUGUAAGACUCCACAGUUGAAUGUUGUUUACGAAGCCGGACUGACACCAUUUGUAAGCCUCCAAGCUUUUGUACGCUCUGAGGGAGUCUCCUGAGUACACUGAUGGAAAGCUUACAAGAUAGCUGUGGAUGUCUGCGUAGCGCAAGUCGGGUACAUCGUCUUCAGAGCAGGAGGUUAUGCUCUUGAAAAGCACACCGGGUAUGGCUGGCGGCGUUGAGAGAGACCGACAAGCAGGACUCAGCCGAGCAGCAUCAAAUCUGCGAGGACCACUUCCUGCCGGAGGACAUCUCCACCGACGGGGUCAAGAGUGACGCCAUCCCCAUCAUGCCCCCCUGCCUGGACGGGCCCCUGGGCACCAGCGGCCCCUGGGGUGCUGAGUCGUCUGAGGAGGAGGACCAGUGGAGAGGCGGCUGUGAUGAGGAGGAGGAGGAGGAGGAAGAAGAAGAAGAAGAAGAAGAAGGUCUGGUUUAUGUGGAGCCUCCAGCGCCAAAACCCCCGGCAGCGGAGCCACUGAAGCAGGCUCCAGUUGUGAAGACCACGUCAGCGGCCAAAACGACAAGCACGCAUCAGAAGAUCUCGAGUCUUCAGACCAAACCAUCCAAAAGAUACGAUGUGUCCCUGGGGUUGCUGACUCAGCGUUUCCUGGAGCUGCUGCUGGAGGCUCCGGACGGUGUGGUGGAUCUCGGUCAGGUGACUAAGAGUCUGCAGACCCGCAGGAGGCGAGUUUACGACAUCACCAACGUCCUCGCAGGCAUCGACCUGCUCCAGAGGCAGUCGGUCAACAACUUCAAGUGGAUAGGAAGCACGUCCGUCUCCAGCUUCCUGUGGCAGAACCAGCACAAGCUCCAGAGAGAGCUGGACAACCUGAAGCUGGUGGAGGACACGCUGGACUCGCUCAUCAAGAGCUGCGCCCAGCAGCUGUUCAGCAUGACGGACGACACAGAAAACGCCAGGUUGGCCUACGUGACCCACGAGGACGUCAGCCGCCUCGAAGCCCUCCAGCAGCAGACGGUCAUCGUGGUCAAAGCUCCGGAGGAAACCAAGCUGGAGGUCCCUGCUCCCAAAGAGGAUAACAUCCAGGUGCAUCUGAAGGGGGGGAGGGGUCCCAUCAUGGUGCUCACCUGUGAGGUGGGGGGGGCAGACGCCAGCAGACACUUCCUGACGCUGGAGGAGAGCCCGAUAAAGACCAACACGCUGCACACAGAGUCCUCAAGUCCACAGAGUGCUGUGAGUACUGCAUAGUGACCACCAGGGGGCGCCAGCUGUCCCAACAUUGUAGACAGGACCCUGAACGCAUCGUCUCCGCGGACCAGGAAGAGUCCCAGUGACACACGAUUCAUGCUGGACCAUCAGAGAUUAAAAAGUGACUGGUACAAUAUCCAAUAAUAAAUCCAGACCCAUCAGGAGCAGAACUCAGACCUGGAAACACUACUCAUGGAUCCGCUUCAUUUAUCCUCACGUUGGAUCUGUUCAGAAGAAGGAAAUUAAGAGGAGGAGGAGGAAGACGGCCUGGAUGUUUGCAGCUUUAUUUUGUAUGAUAAGUGAGGGAGAGGAGGAGAAACACAGCUGUUUUUUACCUACAGCGGUUAGCUGUAUAAUAUUUGACUUUAUGUUUUUCUUUGCGUUUUCUAAUAAAGCAAACACCUCAGAGAUGCUGUAAUCAAUAAAAGUUACUCAUGAAA